AUGAACGGAGAAGAAUCAUCCUUGAAUUCUUUAUUAGAGAUGGGAAUAUCAAAGAACGUUGCCAUCGAUGCUCUCCAGAAGUUUGAUGGUAAUCUAGAAGCAGCCAUAAACUACAUAUUUUCCAAUGAUAUGUCCAUGGAAUCUAUUCAAACUCAUCCACAGCCCAACAACAACCCAUUUCUUGAGGAACACACAGUAGAAUUAAGUGAUUCUAAAUUCAAACCAGGUGAUCUGGACACUGUCAUUACACCUCGUGCGGGAGGUGAUGAGAAAGAUCUGAUUCAAUUGAGUUCCUCUGAUGAAGAAGAGGGCUCUCUUCAGAACCCUGAUCAAACUGUGGCAGGAGAAACAGAGAAGGUUAAUAUACCAAUCGACUCGCAGUCAUCAUCAUAUUCAUCCUUUAGCACUUCUUUAUCCAAUGAAAAUGAGCUGAGGAUGUCUGAAAAUACCUAUAAUAACCCACCGGAAUAUAGCACAGUACAACAUUCUGAACGAAAAAGUGACAUUGCUGACCCCACCAUAGUAUUGCCAUUGCCACCCAAUUCAUUGAUCGAGAACUAUCUCGCCCUUUAUGCCCUAUCUAUUGCCAACUUUUUUGCAAUUGACUUUUUGAAACCAGACUUUAAGGAUCUCAAUUAUAGAAAGGAGUGGUAUAGGAGUUCAAGUAUUGAUGAGCCAUUUUAUAGGGUUAAGUUUAAUAAGGCAGAUGAAACAGAGAAUGAAAUCGUACCAGCAGCAGAACUUACGGAAACUGACCAUCCACAACCAAAGUUGCUUUGGCAAUUGCAGAAAUUAAUCGCAGUUGUCAAUUCAGACUUAUCUGAAAGAGCCUACGUUUCGGCAAAGAUUUUCAAUUCGUCAUCAAAUCAACAACUCCAAAGUAAAUUGGGCGAUGCCGAGCACCUUAAUGAAGUGUUGCCAUAUUUCAUAAAAGCGUUGGCUGUAGAUUUGGAGUCAUGUUAUGGCGAUAAAUCUAGCGAUAUUAAGAAGCUUUUCAUUUCAAGUGCAUUUUACAAACCCUCACAGAAUGAACCACUUCAAGAAACCUACUUAUCAUUUUUUCACUUUUUACCUGAAGAAUAUGAUACCAAUUUGUAUAAAAUGUUUAACGUCUUACUAAUCCCAGAUGAAGAUGAUGAAGAAAGUGGUGAAAGUGAUGAGGAUCAGCCAGAUAAUUCUCUGAAUAUCAUUUCACCAUUUUUGACUAUUGUGUUCAAUGAAAUGGAUGAAUCUACUGAUGAUAAUAUGACAACGUCUGCAUCUUUUCAAGGCGUGGAUAUUCCAUUUGAAUUUUAUCCUCAACUAUACACUAAAAAGUGCAAGGACGAGUUAAUCAAGCAUAUUCUUUCUAAACGGAAAGAGUCAAAAUCGAAACUCAAGGUCAUUUUACAGGAAAUAAAUGCCCUAAAGAGUUAUCAUGGCAAAGAUAUACUGAUGUUUUUGAAUAGUACUAUUGACUUUUUGCAGAAAGAUUCUAAUGCAGAAAGUACCGAUCAUUUAGAAGUCGCUCAAGAAUUAAAUGAUUUACGUGCACAAAUCAAUGGAAGAAAAGCUGGAUUAAAGGACGAAUAUAAGGAACUUUCACAAAAAUUGCACAAUGAAUGGAAUUUGUCAUACCCAGAUUUACACAUUAUUCAAACUGCUAAAACGUUAGGAUUAAUUGACACCCCCUACUUAUUAACAACGGUAGUAAUAUCACCAUAUUUUUACUUCAUGAGAGACAGAAAAAAAGUGGAUCAGUGGUGUUUGGUUCAAUCUAAUGGACUAGGCACAGAUUUUCACAUAACUAACUUUUUAGAUAAAGAAAACGUAAGUACUACCAUUAAACAAUACACAAAGGUACCAAAUGAAUCUCCUUUAAUGUUUAUUUAUUGCAAAGAGAAUUAUAUUGCCAGCCAGGAUGAUAUAUGGAAACUAAUCGAGGAGAACGAGGGUUGUAGUAGUUUUAUUAAGGCGGAUCAGCUACAUCUCACUUCUUAA